AGAAGGUAUGUUACGUAGAAGUUGAAGAAGACAAAUUGAAAUGGCUGAAGCACAACUACGAGACCAGCAUGGGAACCCUAUCCCACUCACCGAUCAGCACGGUAACCCCGUUGUAUUAACCGACGAGCACGGCAACCCCGUUCACGUCACCGGCGUCGCAACCACUGCUACCCCCGCCGCCACUGCAGGUUCAGGGUUUGGGACCUACGGUGGUCCUGGUGCAACCGCAGUAACAACCACCGUGUCGGAUCUCAUAACAACCCAACCAAGGGACACUAGAGAGCUUCGUCGUUCCUCUAGUUCUAGCUCUAGCUCGUCUGAGGAUGAUGGACAAGGUGGGAGGAGGAAGAAGGGAGUGAAGGAUAAAAUAAAAGAGAAGCUUCCAGGGAGGAAGAAUAUGGAUCAGCAGCAUUCACCAACAACAACCACAACUACUACCGCUGCUACUGGUGUUCCCGCUGCUACUGGUGUUCCACAACCAACCGCCACAAACCCUAACCCUAACCCUAAUCACCAUGAGCAUCACAAGAAGGGCAUAAUGGAGAAGAUCAAAGAAAAAUUGCCUGGCCACCAUAACCACUGAAAAUCUCUCUCUGUGGGUCUGUGUGUUCUGAUCUAGUUUGAGUAGUGAUUUAAUAAUUAAUUAAUUAACUAGUUGUUAUUAUAGGUUUGUAUUAUGUGUCGUGAGUGAUUAUUAAUUAAUUAAUUAAGUACGUAGUUUUAUUAUAUAUGCUCUGUAUUAUGUGACGUGGCCAUCUUUUAAAUCAUGUACGUGAGGGUGUAUUUUAUUUAGUUUUCAAAUGCUGUGUGUUAUUAUUGUCAUUAACAAGGUUUGGGAUUCCACUCAUUUU